AGCUGUCAUUCCGUCGAUUGGAAUGUGUUGGUUGAUAGUCUCCAAGGCGGGAGGUUGAUAUGCUGAAAGUGAAAAAGUUUCGUAUGACUACUAUAAACAAUUCGUUAUAAUACUGGAAUAAUAUCCUGAAAUUUAUCAAGAUUCGUGUUGAUAUGAUUCAAAACUCAGGAAUAAUUAUUAGUUGGAGUGUUAUCGUCUUAGGUUGUUGAAUACUCACUGUGCCUAGAGUGAAGAACUUGCAUUUGUAUGUGACAUAUGUGUAAACUCUCUGGAUUUUAAAGUGCUACAACGUUGAAUGGUUCAUUAUUACUGGGUUUAUAACAUCUUAUUCACAAAAUAUAAUGCAGAAGUAAUGGCUUGAAAGACUGUCAACCCGGUGCUGCUAUGAAGCGGCCGCUAAUCCUAAUCGUUUUGGUGGCGGUCUUGGCCGCCACUCAAUUGAAAUCAACAUCGGCGGCAGCUUCCAGCAGGGACAUAGUGAAAACCUACAGCGAUCAAUCUGUCCAGCUCUUCAAUCACCUCGUCAUCGAUAAGAACACAGGUCGCGUAUACAUCGGCGCAGUGAACAAGCUCUAUCAGCUAUCGCCCGAAUUGGAUCUGGUGACAACGGUGCGUACCGGUCCAGAACUGGACGCCGACGAAUGUUCGGUACUCGAGUGCACGUCAACUGUCAACAAGCAGAUGACGGACAAUGUCAAUAAGGCCUUGGUCAUCGAUUACACGACGUCCAGGCUCAUAUCGUGCGGCAGUUUGUUCCAGGGCAUAUGCUCCGUGAGGAAUCUACACAACAUAUCCGAUGGCGUGCAAGAGGUACGCGAGGCAGUGGUCGCCAACAACGCCACAGCUUCCACGGUUGCUUUCAUAGCUCCAGGCCCCCCGAAUCCUCCAGUUACCCAGGUGAUGUACGUCGGUGUCACCUUCACCUUAGGAUCGCCUUAUAGAUCGGAGGUACCGGCCGUAAGCAGUCGCUCCUUGGAGAAAGACCGUAUGUUCGCGAUUGCCCAAACUGCCGUCACGACUGGCACUAGAAUGUUCGUCAAUUCAUUGGCCAGAGAAAGGUAUCCGAUCACCUACGUCUACGGUUUCGCCUCCGAGGGCUUCAGCUACUUCCUGACCACCCAGAUGAAGCACACCACGUCCAGUCAAUUCAUCAGCAAGUUAGUGCGUGUGUGCCACGACGACGAGAACUACUACUCGUACACGGAGAUACCUAUCGAUUGUAUUAGUGAGGCCCAAGGUGGACGGAAGUACAACCUUGUACAGGCUGCGUACGUGGGUAAAGCAGGCUCGGACCUCGCCUCAGAUCUGGGCAUAACGGCUCAGGACGACGUGCUGUUCGCCGUGUUCAGCGAGAGCGAGCCAGCCAAUUCCAAUAAGCCGUCAGACCUGUCGGCGUUAUGCGUCUACUCGCUGAAGGCCAUCAGGAGGAAGUUCAUGCAGAACAUCAAGAGCUGCUUCAGCGGGAAGGGUCAGAGAGGACUGGAUUUCAUAUCGCCCAGCCUGACCUGCGUGUCUACGAAACUUCAAACUAUAGCUGAAGACUUUUGCGGCCUGGAUGUGAACACGCCUCUCGGAGGGGAACAACCAAUGUCUGCCAUACCGGUGCUUUUGUUCAACACAAGACUGACAGCCGUUGCUGCUACUUCCACAGGAGAUUUCACAGUUGUGUUCAUAGGAACUGCCACAGGACACUUGAAAAAGGUGGUCGUUGAGUCGUCCACUUCAGCCCUCGAAUAUGGGGAUAUAACAGUCGAAGAAAAUUCUCCGGUGAAUGCAGAUUUGCGAUUAGACUCUCAACUCAUGCACUUGUACGUCAUGACGGAGAAAAAGGUAUCCAAAGUCAAAGUUCAAGAAUGCCGCGUAUACAGAAACUGCCUGGAAUGUUUGGGAGCCAAGGAUCCUUACUGUGGAUGGUGUUCCCUCGAAAACAAAUGCAGCUUGAGGUCAGACUGUCAAGAUGCAGCUAAGGAUCCGCUUUAUUGGAUAAGUUACAAAAGUGGCAGAUGCACCACUAUAACCAGCGUUAUUCCAAAUCAACUUCAGAGAACAACAGCCAGAACUCUUGAUCUCAUCAUCGACAAUUUGCCCAGCUUGAGCGGACACUUCUUAUGUGCUUUCACUGCCUUAGAUAAGACUUUAAUAACAAAUGCUACCCGUAAAGGAUCCGGCGUCAAUUGUACAACACCAAGAACUGAUCUUCUUCCGUCAAUACCUCCAGGACAACAUCAUUUCAUCUCGAAGUUAUCAGUAAGAAUGACAUCUGGACCUGAUUUUGUAGCUACAAAUUUCACUUUCUUCGAUUGUAACACCUACAGCUCUUGCACCCAAUGCGUUUCUUCUUCAUUCCCUUGCGAUUGGUGUGUGGAUGGUCAUCGGUGUACUCAUGACACUGCAGAGAACUGCAGGAAUGAUAUCUUAGUUACUGGAAUAAGCAGGGCGGGUCCUAGCUACAGGUCAGGGCCGGCGUUUUGUCCGACAAUAAAUUCGACGAUUGAAAGUUCCCCGGAAAUACUUGUCGCGUCAGGGAUCAAGAAGCCGAUAAGGGUUAAAGUACAUAUCAUAGGGCAAUUUAUAGUACAAACUAGAUUUGUCUGCCAGUUCAACAUCGAAGGUAGAGUUACCAGUGUAAAUGCUCAGCUCCUUGGGGAUACAAUUUAUUGCGACUCGAUGGAAUUCUCUUACACGUCUAGAGCUCCAAAUAUAACAGCUACAUUUGCUGUAAUAUGGGGUGGAUCGAAACCUCUUGAUAACCCAUACAAUAUCCACAUCGUGAUAUACCGCUGUCGCGACAUGGCAGAAAACUGCGGUAUGUGCCUGGCGUUAUCGCCGAAAUACGAAUGCGGAUGGUGCCAAAGUUCAGAUCGUUGCGAAGUCAAGGAUCAGUGUGAGAAGGGCUCGACCGUUUGGUUGAACAGGAAUCAGACGUGUCCAAAUCCGGAAAUUUUAUCUUUCAGUCCGCAGUUAGGCCCCUGGGAGGGUGGCACUAACAUAACAAUUCACGGUAUUAAUUUGGGAAAGACAUUCCAGGAUAUCUACAGGGGAAUCAUCAUAGCUGGUAUGAACUGCGAACCGUACGAACACCUGUACAUCAGGACUACACAGAUCGUCUGCAAAGUUGAUGGUCCUGGAAGAAUAGAGGAUCGCGAAGGACCUGUCGUGGUGAAAGUCGAAGAUUACAGGGGAGAAUCGAAAACGAACUACAGAUUCGUCGACCCAAUGAUCGUGGGCAUAUCCCCCAAAUACGGACCGAAAUCAGGGGGAACUAUGCUUCAAAUCAAGGGCAAAUACAUGAACGCUGGAAGCAGCAUUCAAGCGUUCAUUGGAGAUUUACCCUGUCGAAUAGUGUCGACCGACGAAAGUCAAGCACUCUGUAUAACCAGCGCGUCGAAUCUGAUCACGAAGGAAAAGUUGAGGAUGAAAUUCGACGAAAAGGCUGACAGGGCCUUCGACGAAUAUUUCCAGUACGUGGAAGAUCCGGUUAUUUACUCUGCUGAGUCCGGCAUACCCAGUUCUGUCAAAAUCCCGAAGGGUAUACCUGCAGGGGGCAUUAAAAUAUCGGUUACAGGAAAGAAUCUGGCUUACAUUCAGAAGCCACAAAUGUACGUCUACUAUCAACAGAAGAUGUUUAUAAGUGAAUGCACAAUUUUGAGCAACGUUAGUAUGAUCUGCGGUAGUCCAAUAAUAGAAGUGGAAGAGGAUCUAGACGCUGAUAAACCGUUGGAAUUGGAAUUCGGGUUCAGGAUGGAUAAUGUUACAGGAGUGCAAAACUUAACUAUGACCAACAACUUUUCCCCGUUCUUGCUUUUCCCAAAUCCCGUUUUCACUGAAUUUGACAAGGCGGUGAAGUAUUACAAAUCCGAAUACUUGAAUAUAAACGGACAAAACAUCGACAGAGCCUGUCAAGAGUCUGACGUGGAAGUUAGGAUUGGAAACAGUUUUUGUAACGUCACUUCUCUGUCACGGCAGCAGCUCACUUGUAGACCGCCUGAAACUCAGCCCCCUGCGUUAGACAGCAACGGCCUACCUACUAGUGAAGAUUUGCCCGAAGUGGUUGUUACUGUGGGAGGAUCGCUGCGUUAUAGGAUCGGUCGUUUCUCUUACUCAUCCCCCCAGGGGUUGAACGGUCCCAUAUCGAAGGUUUCCCUAUAUUCGAUCAUCGUUAUAGGAAUAUUUAUAUUCUUCAUAUUCAUACUGUUCCUGAUAGCGUACAGGAGGAAAUCGACCGAAAGCAACCGCGUGCUCAAGAACAUGCAAGAACAGAUGGACAUUCUUGAGCUACGGGUUGCCGCCGAAUGCAAAGAAGCUUUCGCCGAAUUGCAAACCGAGAUGACAGAUUUGACGGGCGAUCUAACCUCCGGCGGUAUACCAUUCCUCGACUACCGCACUUAUGCAAUGAAAAUAUUGUUUCCUAACGUCGAUGAUCACAUAGUUUUACAAUGGGAAAAACCGGAAUUGUUGAGGAAGGAGAAGGGCCUAAGGCUCUUCGGUCAAUUGAUAAUGAACAAAACGUUCCUGCUAUUGUUCAUAAGGACCUUGGAGAGCAACAGAUAUUUUUCAAUGCGUGACAGGGUUAACGUCGCUUCGCUGAUAAUGGUAACUCUUCAGAGUAAGAUGGAGUAUUGCACGGAUAUUCUGAAAACGUUGCUGGCAGAGCUGAUCGAGAAAUGCAUCGAAGGCAAGAGCCAUCCGAAGCUGUUGCUCAGGAGAACUGAGAGCGUUGCUGAGAAAAUGCUGAGUGCAUGGUUCACGUUUUUGCUGUAUAAGUUCCUGAAGGAAUGCGCUGGCGAGCCACUUUUCAUGCUGUUCAGGGCCGUUAAACAACAGGUCGAUAAAGGACCGGUGGACGCGGUCACAUCGGAAGCGAGGUAUUCUCUCAGCGAAGAAAAACUCAUCAGACAAUCGAUAGAUUUUAAGCCAAUGACUGUUUAUGUGUCUAUAUCUCAGCAAACAGUAUUUGUGGGAGUUCCAGAUCAUAAUACAGAUAAUGUUCCUGUUAAAGUUCUAGAUUGUGAUACCAUAAGCCAAGUUAAGGAGAAGGCACUUGAUACUAUUUACAGGGCCACUCCUUACUCGCAGAGACCUAGGAAGGAUGAUUUAGAUUUAGAAUGGCGUACUGGAACUAGUGGUAGACUUAUCCUCUACGAUGAAGACACUACUACGAAGGUAGAAGGUGAUUGGAAGAGGAAGAAUACUCUUCAGCAUUACAGAGUUCCUGAUGGCGGAUGUCUUAAUUUAGUGUCGAAACAAAGUUCUAUUUAUAAUUUAAGUAUAUUCUCAGAGAAGAACGAUAAGCUCCACAAAUACGAAACGCUUAAUCUUAGUAAAUUCAGUUCGGCCAGCCCGCCCCUGAGCAGGGCAACCAGCCCGCUGAACCACGAUCACGAUCAGGGACUGAAGAGUUGGCAUCUCGUUAAGCAUCACGACAACGAGAACCAGAAGGAGGGCGAGAGGGGUAACAAGAUGGUGUCGGAAAUCUACCUUACACGUCUGUUGGCGACCAAGGGUACACUGCAGAAGUUCGUGGACGACCUGUUCGAGACCAUAUUCAGCACUGCUCACCGGGGCUCCGCUCUGCCCCUGGCCAUCAAGUACAUGUUCGAUUUCCUCGACGAUCAGGCCUUGCAGCAUGGCAUCUCCGAUCCCGAGGUUGUCCACACCUGGAAGAGCAACUCCCUACCGCUCAGGUUCUGGGUGAACCUCAUCAAGAAUCCCAACUUCGUGUUCGAUAUUCACAAGUCGAAUAUCGUGGACUCCUGUCUGUCUGUUGUUGCUCAAACGUUCAUGGAUUCUUGUUCAACCUCUGACCACAGAUUAGGCAAGGAUUCGCCAAGUUCCAAACUAUUAUAUGCCAAGGAUAUCCCAUGCUAUAAAGAGUGGGUAGAAAGAUAUUAUUCCGAUAUUAAAGUGAUGCCAGCUAUAUCCGAUCAAGAUAUGAACGCCAUGUUAGCGGAGGAAUCUAGGCUGCACACGACCGAGUUUAACACAAAUUGCGCCCUGCACGAACUAUACACAUACGCUAUGAAGUACAACGAACAGCUCACGGUGACAUUAGAAGAGGACGAAUUUUCGCAGAAACAGCGAUUGGCCUACAAGCUAGAACAGGUUCAUAACAUAAUGGCGGUUGAUGGGCAACCAUGAUAUUGGCCUGACGUCACUCAUCCCUCGGCACCCCCCUUGUCCUCGCUACUCCUUUCGGGUACUCAAGAACUCGCUUGCUGAUGAUGAAAACGUACAUAUCUAAGCCGACGUGGGACGUUCAAUGUAUUCGAGUAAUCAAUAAGUAAUUGUUUAUGUGUCGUCGGUCAGUACCGGUGGUGCGCACUCAAGUGACUCAAGUGCCUCUGGUAGAAUGAGUUGUACUGUCUAUAUACAGAUUAUUGUAUUAUAUUUUUAUGAUAAUUAUUCUGUUUAUGCUUUUCCGUGCCCAUAUGGCAUUACCAUUUAAUAAUCGUACAUGAAAAAAAAAUAAGGAAUGCUUUUUAAAUAAUUGUAUAAUUGAUGUACCUUGUAUUUAUCUUUGUACAGUUUUAUAUUUUUAUAUUUAGUUAAUUGCAAUCACGAUGAUUGUCUUCCCCAAUGAAGGAAGUAGCAGGGUGUAGUGUUUAUUUGCGAUCUUUCAAUCAUCAAUCUAUCAGCUUGGCUGGAAAAAACUAUACUCCUAACAAUAUUGAAAAAACUUAAAUUUUCUGUUCAUAUAAUUUAUUUAACUUAUGAUCAAAAUCUCAAACGUACAUUUGGUAUGGUUUUUUUUUGGCCAUCUGAUGAAACCUCUACAUACUGUGCACAGGUCGUGUCAGUGUGAAUUGUGUAUGUGUAUAAAGGCUGUGUACAUUUUCUGUAUCAUAUUUUAAAAAUAGAAAAUUGCUGUAUUGCUUAACAGUGAAUUAACAUCGUAACUUUUCUUGUUUUCUAUAGAAUUUUAAACUUACCAACCUGGCUGUAAUUUUUUUAUGAAGAAUAAUCACACUUUUCCAAUCCUAUUGCUUCAGACAAAAUAAAUUUCUCACAGAAUGUUUCAAGUAAUUGGUAUUAUUGACAUUCCUCCCUGAAAACUAUUGAAUCAAUUUCGUUCGUUUCAAAUACUUCUCUCUCAAUUUCGAAAUUAAAGGAAGUUUGAAGCGUAUUUAUUCUUGACUUUUAAUGGUAAUACACUAGCUAUAAAUUUGUUGUUGUAAUAAUACAAGUGAAUUCCAAAAGACUCGUUUUAUAGAGAUAACAACUGAUGGCUGCAUGUAAUAACGAUCAUCUUAAUUGAAUUAUCCCUUAUUUUAACUUCUUGGAACAGCCCAAUAUGUUAUGUACAAACUACUCAAGUGUAUAUUUAAACGUUCCUUCAUCUUGAUCAUUCCAUUUAAAUUAUAUAGAUGUCGAGCAUUAUCUCUUGAUAUAUGUGCUAUUGAUGUUUGAUGAAUUCUAUUAAUAAUUGCUUAAAAUUUUCUUUCUCAUUAGACUUUAUCGUUUCCAAUUUUCCAAAUUGAUUCGUGAUUGCCAUAUGGUUGGAAUUUUAAUACCAAGUUACCUUAUUUUAUUUUCAGGUAAUGUGAUUGCCGAAUUUGACAUUACAUAAAUUUAUGUAUCAUAGAUGUUUUGUAUAGAUUUAGGUUUAAGAUUUUUAUUGUCGAUUCUGCUUAGUCAUAAAUAACAGGAUGUUCGUUUCGCUUCAGACUAAUUUAUGUUCGAUGAAAAUUUUUAGCAAUUUAAACUUCAUGUUAUCCAUGUUCCAUGUGUAUUUAGUGUAUACAUUUAUUUCGAUGGAAGAUAUAAAAUUUAAUUGAUUCUAUUUGAUGCCAGAAUCUCUUUUCAAAGAUUCCAAGUAAUUUUUUACAUUUCCUUCAUUUUUUGUGAUUGGUUUAAUUUCAAAGACUGAAUUGAUUUAAUCGGGCUACAAAAGAGGUUCAUUUCAGAGAAUAAGUAUGAAAAUGGAAUGUAGAGUAAGGUGUAGGAUGAAUUGGCUUCAAAUAGAUGACGGUAUUUAUAAAUGUGAUUUGGAUUAUUUUGUUUUGUCUGAAGUAGAGAAGAGUGUACUAUUAUAUGGUGUGUUAAAUACGGUAUCAUCCUUUUAAAAAUUGUAACCGUCCUUGCGAAGUAAUAGGCGGAUUUCCUCAGUCUAGCUGAAUUUUCGAAUAUCAAUCGAUUUGCAGAGAAGGGAGAAUGUAAAGGACCAAAGUACGGUACUUUCUUAUCGGAUCAUAUCAAUUAAUUUCUGGAGUAGAAACUAACGUUUGGGGCCACUUUUCUGUCUGUAUAUGCUGACAUUUUUUCUGUUCUAUUGGCACUUAUCGGAAACAUCACUUUGUUUCAGGUGAUUGAUUCAUUGAAUUUCUUAUUUUCACAUUCAUUUGUGUUUCUAUAACUCUGAUAUCUGUGCCAAAAGGACAAUUUCAUGCUAGUUCUUGCAUUGAAAUUGUAGGUUGAUGAUUUUUUUUUGAUAGCUCUCAAAUAAUGAAGCAUAAUUGAAAGGAGUGAAUUGAUGAAGUAAACUAAAUUGUCUUUAUAUGGAAAUUUCAGUGUUGGUUCGAAGAAAUUAGCUAGAGUGUGUGAAAUAUCCUAUAUGGACAGCUACGCAUAUCAACAGUUCCGGCAAGCUUAAGGUAUGCACCAAUGUUUGAUUUAUAUAUAAUCUCUUGUGUGGAGAAACUUGAGAACUAGGAAAAAAUAAAUGUGAAAACGCAAAGAACUGUCAAUAGUGCGUAGUAAUAACGCUAUUUGUAUAUACUUUUAAGUGUGAGAGUGUGUGCAUGUGCAAGAUAUAUUUAUGGUAUUAUUGUAUGUACUGAUUGCAUCUGCAAUAAUAAGAUAGUUACGUAUUACUAUUAUAUGUUAAAAAAGACUGAAUGGAUUAUUUGAAAAUAUUAAAAAACUUACAUGAA